AUGAUAUGCGAAAAUUUUUUUGGAUUUUUAAAUUUAAAAAUAAUAUUAUUAUUAUUAAUAUUUGGAGUCGUCGUAACGGUCGCCGAACAUUUUCAAACAAGUUUAACGAUUCAAGACAUCCUACCUGAAAAUCCAAAACAUUAUGACAAAAUGAGACCCCCGAAAAAAGAAGGUCAUCCUACUGUAGUUUUCUUUCACGUCACCGUCAUGAGUUUGGAUUCAAUUGAUGAAAAUGCCAUGACUUAUGCGGCAGACAUAUUUUUUGCACAAACUUGGAAAGAUCACAGACUUCGGCUACCGGAAAAUAUGACGUCAGAAUACAGGUUGUUGGAAGUUGAAUGGUUGAAAAAUAUGUGGAGACCGGAUUCGUUUUUUAAAAAUGCAAAAGCUGUUACGUUUCAAACAAUGACAAUUCCAAAUCAUUACGUUUGGUUGUAUAAAGAUAAAACUAUUUUAUAUAUGGUUAAACUUACCCUUACACUUUCUUGCGCCAUGAAUUUUUUAAUUUAUCCACACGAUACGCAAGAAUGUAAACUUCAAAUGGAAAGUCUAUCUCACACGACGGAAGACUUGAUAUUUCAAUGGGAUCCGGACGUACCUUUGGUCGUGGAUGAAAACAUUGAACUCCCACAACUUCAACUGAUAAGAAAUUACACGGCGGAUUGCACUCAAGUUUAUUCGACGGGUAAUUUUACUUGUUUGGAAGUCGUUUUCGUACUUAAAAGACGUUUGGGUUAUUAUUUAUUUCACACAUACAUUCCAGCUUGUUUGAUCGUCAUCAUGUCGUGGGUAUCGUUUUGGAUAAAACCGGAAGCAGCACCGGCACGAGUCACGUUGGGUGUGACGUCAUUGUUGACAUUAUCAACGCAACAUGCUAAAUCUCAAGCUGCUUUACCACCGGUUUCUUAUUUGAAAGCCGUCGAUGGUUUCAUGUCCGUUUGCACCGUUUUUGUUUUCAUGGCAUUAAUGGAAUAUUGUUUGGUCAAUAUUGUUUUGGGUGAUAACGAUGGUUCGAAAACCGGAAGUGAAACGACAAAAUUAGAAAAAAUAUUCGAUUUGACGUCGAAAGAAAAUUCUAGACUUAUAACAAAUCCGGCAACAACGCAAUCGAACGUACCUAAACAAACGGUUAGAAGUAGAGAUAGAGCGAUUAGAAUCGAUAGAUUUUCAAGAGUUUUUUUUCCACUUUUAUUUGCCGUUUUAAAUGCAACUUACUGGAUCAUGUUUUAUAAAUACAUAUAA